AUGCCUUCUGGAACAAUACAGAGUGGAAAAGGAUUCCAGACCAAGAGUCAGUUUAGGACCAUUGCACCAAAGAUUGUGUCCAAAGUCCUAACUUCCAGAGUGCUGCCGGGCCCUUCACCAUCAUUCUCUGAUCAGGUGAACCCAGGCCCCCCCAUCAGUUCUCCACUGGGGCUGCCUGCCCAGAAUUACGCUCUGAUGCAGGUUGCUGGCCAGAAGGGCACAUAUUCUCUAGUGGCGUUGCCUCAGGUUGCCUCAAUUCAGCCAGUCCAGAAACCCAGACUGCCCCUGCCUGAAAACCUUAAACUGCCUAUUCCCCGAUACCAACCCCCAAGAAAUAACAAAGGAUCAACAAAGAACCCCAUUCUGAGCUGCUCUGAAAGUGGCUGUAGCAAACCUCCUGCCCAAACCCACACAUCUCCUUCCCUGCCUGGCUGUUCUGAGCCCCUGCCCCAGCCCAGUCCGUCUGGGCCAGUGCUGCCGCCAGACCAGGCCCCGGCCAGCGUCAGCCCGGCUGCUCUGGCCAGUGGAGGUGGCCCCGGAGAUUCCCGACCUCCAGUGACCAGUGACUGUGGAGAUGCGAACCUCCCUGACAUCCCAACAUCAUCCGCAUCAGAGCAGCCCUCUGCCAGGCAGGGCUUCAUGAAGAUUUUAGGGAAAGACAACUUUGCAAGCAAAGAAACAUCCAGUAAACCUGCUGCUGUUGCCAGCGAGAAGCAUAAAGAACAAGCUGACCUUGCAGAAGGCAGGUUCAAGUCAUCACCAACCAUUUGGGGUGGUUCACUCCAGUGGGUUCCCUCAGUCCCCAAAGAUGAACGGCCAGUCUUACGUCCCGUGAGUGUGAAAACUGCACAGGUUUAUAAAAGUGAGCCGGAUGCUAACACUGUAGACUUUUCUUUUCCUGGGCUCAGGGCACACUGGGAUAAGUCAGCCACCAUCACCGAAGGCUUUGCUGCAGCCACCAGGAUGGCCGAUAAGGUGCCUGGCCCACAGGUGUCGAAGCAGAGCCUCUGUAAAAGUGCCUUUUGUCCAGCCGCCAAACUGGAUCUCAACCACAGAACCAAGCUGAAUGGCGGGGCAACAAAGAGAAAAGGAAGAAAACUAAAGGUGCCAGAUGAAAUCUUGUCAUUUCAGGGGAAAAGGAGGAAAUAUAAAAGAAUAAAAAACGAUUCCCAACAAUCCAGAGACCAAAAACCUGGGACUUUGAAAAGGUAUCGUUGCAUCAUGCCUAAACCCGUCAUUGUCAUGUCCGCUGGGACUCCCUUGGCUUCUCCGGUGGCUCUGUUACCGCCCCAAAGGCCCGGCACCCUGGGACAGGACAGUUUGUUAAAUAAUUCGUUCGCUCCUAAACAUCUCGGCUGUAAGCAGGACGACAGCCCUCCCCCCAAGCCCAGCUCUGCAUUCAGAAAUGGAUUCUCUGGCAUUAAGAAGCCUUGGCACAGAUGCCCUGUCUGUAACCACCACUUCCAAUUCAAACAGCACCUUCGAGACCACAUGAAUAGCCACACGAACAGACGGCCUUACAGCUGUCGAAUUUGUCGCAAGGCAUAUGUGCGUCCUGGCAGCCUGAGUGCACACAUGAAACUCCAUCACGGUGACAACCGGCUAAAGAAACUCGUGUGCUGUGAAUUUUGUGCCAAAGUGUUUGGUCACGUCAGGAUCUAUUUCGGCCACCUGAGAGAAGUGCACAGGGUUGUCAUCAGCACCGAGCCCUCCCCCAGCGAACUGCAGCUGGGAGACGUGCCAAAGCACAGGGACAGGGACACCAGCGUGCAGAGAGAAAACAAAUCAAGCCUGGACGAAGACCUUCUUCUAAACCAGGCAGACGAAGUCAAAUUACAAAUCAAAUGUGGCCGCUGUCAGAUCACUGCCCAGUCCUUUGCUGAAAUAAAGUUUCAUUUACUUUCUGUUCAUGGAGAGGAAAUCCAGGGCAGGCUGCAAGAGGAGAGUGCCCCAGGAAGCCAGGCUGGCGAAGAGCAGGCUCACCGCGCUGCUCCUUCCUGGAAACAGCGUCCCCAGAGAAGAAAGCUGCUGCAGCUCUAUCCCUCUGCGGAGGUGCGUGCAGUGCCUGCAAUGACACAGCAGCCCUCCCUGCAUCGGCAGAGCGACAAGGAAAUGCUCACAAACCAUGAAGGAGCCCAGCUGAGACCCGGCAAGCCAGGGGAAGUCCCCCAGGGCCCUGCGUGUCCCAGCCCACACUUGGAUCUCCUUCAGUCCCCUUCCGGCUUUAGCUGCAUCCUUUGUGCACAGACUCUUGGAAGGAAAGAAGAGCUCCUCCUGCACUGGGAACAAGAGCACAAUUGUGAGGAUCCUCCAAGGCUCUGGAGGGUGCUGCAUGCUCUCUCUAACCAGGGAGCCUCCCAACUUCCCGGCAACACUGAAACAUGA